UUAACACGUGAAACCGAAAAGUUGAUACAAUGAUGAGAUGAGGGAUCUGUCUAACUCCAAGAAACCUAUGACACUUUCAGAUUUUAUAAUGAAGAUGAAACGACAACAAUACAGGAAACAUGCACGAUAUUGACAGAUGUAUGGCAAUUGAUAUUUAGAACUACUGGGGUUUUCGCAUUUUAUUACAAUAUGACAACAGAAGAGAAGUCGUUGGAUUCUCAAUCUUCGAAGAAGGUCAAGCGCAUCGAAUCGAAGAAGAGAAAAGCUGUGGCUUUCCUCCAGCUAGCUAAAGAUGUGGAAGCGGUUAAAGCCAGUAUGAAAGAUUCUGAUGAUGAUGAUGAAGUUCAUACACAAGCUAAGAAACAGAAGAUUCCAGAAGCCUUUGGGGAUAUUGCAUCAUUUGUUACACAGGAGAAGUCAACCAAAAUAUCUGAAGAUAAUUCUGAAGAGGUUACCAAGCCCAAACUAUCAGGAGAUGCCUUACUGGAACUUCGUAAAACUCUACGGGAAAAACAGAGAGCUAGCCUGGAUAAACCAAAAGUGUUCCUCACAUUGGAUGCUCUUGCAUUAGAGUAUGGUGCUAUGUUGUGCAAGGAAAGCCUGAUUUCUACAUUACCACCACUGUUUAUGUUGGAUGUACAACACUUGUUGCUGUACGCCAUACAGGGUAAUCUUUCUUCAUAUAGACCAAGGUGGUGUAAGUUGCUGAGGCCAGGCAGAGUCUCUAGUGUUGUGGUCAUUGUGUUGGAUGGAGUUGGAAGUGAUGAUUAUCAAACACAUCCAGAAAGUUUUUCAAAUCUACGGAAGUUCUUUGAAAUGUCUGUUGACAUGGUACCUCCUGUGGAGUAUGGCUCUUCUGUAGCAGACGAACUGCUCUAUGUUCCAUUAUCACUGAGGGAAAAGAUACAGAUUAGGAAAACUAAUCAUGAAAAACAGGAACAUUACACAAUGAUUAAUGUGGAACCAAUGGCUCCAAUCAUUGGUGAAAAAGUACCACAAACAGGUCAAGUCAGUGUGAUAAAAAACGAGCCUAAACAAGAAACUGCAGAAGAUUCAGAAAUAAAGAACAUUGAAGUGACAUCUGAGCAAUUGCCAGCCUCAGAUCGCUUUCCUAGGACACACCUUCUAUUGAGUACAUCACAAAUGGUACUAGAAAGCUUCCCCAUGCCUAUCCUAAACACAAACACUGAUUUUGUCUACACCAAAGAAGAAUAUGAAACAGUGACGAACCGUAGUCCCAUUUUUGCCGUGGAUUGUGAAAUGUGUUUGACAGUUAGAAUGAAGAGUGAGUUGACCCGGGUCUCAGUGGUCAAUGAGAACCUGGAGUGUAUCUAUGACACAUUUGUGAAACCAAAUUACAAAAUUCGUGACUACCUCACAAGAUAUAGUGGCAUCACCAAGCAGAUCCUUGAUCCAGUUAAGACACGUUUGAGUGAUGUCCAUAAGCACUUAAGGAAGAUUCUUCCUGCUGAUGCCAUUCUGUGUGGACAGUCACUGUGUGGUGACCUGAAUGCUCUACAGAUGUUUCACCCCUAUGUGAUGGACACCAGCGUAAUGUACAACCUUAAUGGGGACAGAAAGAGGAAGACAGGAUUGAAGCGACUUACUGCUGUAUUUCUUAGGCGAGAUAUCCAGAUGGGUUCAUCAGGUCACAACUCAAUAGAAGAUGCUACAGCCACAAUGGAACUUGUCAAGGUCAAACUGGCCAAUGAUAUUGCCUUUGGUGAUUGUGUACUUGGUGGAGCAAUGUUUCCCCCCGAAGAUCAAGGGGAUGCAGGCAUCAAAGUUGACCAGGAAAGUCAAGGGGAUACUGGUAUCAAAGUUGACCAAGAAAGUCAAGGGGAUGCAGGCAUCAAAGUUGACCAGGAAAGUGGAUCAGACUCCAAAUCUGAUCAGCAGAGAAUUGUGGCAUCUACAUCUAUGCAGGGAACGAGGGACCAACACACCUUGGUGGACGUGGAGUCCCAGUCAAAGUCAGAGACUCUGUCACAUCGGCAAAUCAUAGACAGGAGAAGGUCUUUCUUCCACAACAUCUCAAAUAGAUGUUACAGGAGCCUGUUCAGUAUUGUCAAAGAGCUUAACAAAACAGCUGCCCUCGUGGAUGAGAUGUCUGUUGUACAACAGCAUGCUGAUCAAGAUGUGGUUGCUAUGGAAUCUGACUGUGACCGAACUAGUAAAUCACUGUCCAAGUCGUAUGUAGAGUACCAUGACUUUGUCUACACAUGCUUUCCUUCUUACAAAAAAGAACUUGAAGAAACACAGACAGAGGAGGAUAAAAAGAAACUCCUUGGACGAAUGGAUAAACGUCUGGGGAAGGUGCUGAAGCAUACCAGGGCCAAUAGCCUGAUAACAGUGGUUUUAUCUGGACAAUCUACAGCACAAAAUUGUCAAAGUGCAAAGACUUUCAUCAAAAUUGUCUAAAUGGCAGAAUUUUUGUAUCAUCAUUUUAUCAACAUUAAACAUAGUACUAAUAAAUAUUGUUGUUUGAUGAUA